AUGGCAUCCAAGCAGCAGCAGCAGCAGCAGCAAUCCCGGGGCCGCAGGAGGUGGAGCUCUGGGGACAGAAAGUCCAAGAAACGCAGCCGGCGCAAAGAGACAUACUCGAUGUACAUCUACAAGGUGCUAAAGCAGGUGCACCCGGAUAUCGGCAUCUCCGCCAAGGCCAUGAGCAUCAUGAACUCCUUUGUGAAUGAUAUUUUUGAGCGGCUGGCUGGUGAAGCUGCCCGACUGGCCCAGUACUCGGGCCGAACAACCCUGACUUCCCGGGAAGUUCAGACAGCCGUGCGUCUGCUGCUGCCUGGGGAGCUGGCCAAGCAUGCUGUGUCAGAGGGCACCAAGGCUGUCACCAAGUACACCAGCUCCAAGUGA